AUUCGUAUAAUAUUUCGCUGAAAAGUAUUUUUACAAAAUAUGUAUAUGAUUUACAUAAGGUUUACUAUUUUGUCCCUUAGCUUGACUAGCAAAAGUGCAUACAACAAAAAGGGAACGCGCACUUCAUCCCUGGACGAUCGCUACGAGGAAUGUCUGCCAGAUCCCGCACUCGCCCCUGAAGAAAUCAUAGCGCAACUACUCACCGACGAUCAGAGUGCCAAGGUUGUCCAUAUUGGUGAUAUCACCAUGCGGGAAUCGUUACCAGAAGGGUUAUCGGUCAUUGAAUCUACCUUACAAGACCAGGACAAUGGAUUUGGAGAGAUGAAACUUCAAGAACUCGGCGAAUUUCUCGGAUCGUCUCCGAAUGAAUCAGCUUCGAAAGAUACCCACAAUGACUCGGGUAUCGAGCAGGACACCACUGGAUCGGGAUUGGAAGAUCUCCCACGAGUUAUUGAUCGAACCAUUCGUGAAGCGACGAUCGACGAAUCCCACAUGGGCAGUACUUCAAUGGCCAUGAUAGAUAUGCCCAUUGCAAGCACCAGCGCUGCACAAUUACAGGAGGUUGAUAUGACUACGCUGACCAAUUUGUUUACACACCCAGAUACAGAACAUCAUGAGAAAACUUUGGAAAUUUCAAGAACUCCAGAUGAUGUUCCAGAGCCAAUCACACCGAAGAAAUCAAACUCUCAACCAUUUACGAUUAUCGCUCCAGAAGAUUCCGGAAUUGCAACAACCCUGUCCUCGACAAAGAACAAGAAAUCUCAGCGCCGACGCACAAUUGUUGAUCAGAAAACCAAAUUGGAUUCCGAGGGAAUGAAACGUUCUAUAGAGAAUUGUUCCUCGACCCAGCGAUGCAAGAACCCUCGAUUCGAUAUCGUUCCUCUGGAGCAGGUACGACAUCCCUUCGACAAUGCGGUUACGAUUCUUCAACAUCCCGUUCGAAGCAUGCGAUCUUCGGUGUUGCCGGCUUUGUUCACGCGUAACGCCCGAAAGCGAACCGCGGAUGUUGAAGAUCUACUACUUAAAGAAUGGCGCGGAGAUCUUGAACUACCAGCGAAAAGAAAGAGAUCUUUAAAAGAAUCGACCAGAACACCAGUGACUCCACCAGCACCAGUAGCGCAAUCGUCGCCGGUAGAUGUGUCCAUGAACUGCACCAACCUGACAGACCAAGAGCAGACCAUCGAGAUCCUUCCUUUGCCGUUGCAACAGGAUAUUGCUAUCUUCGAGCAGACAGAUGCUAGAAACAUCAACGUACAACUGACGGAAAAUAGCGUUACAAUAGGGCCAGAGCGAGAAAUUGAUGAAACGAAUCUGAUCACUCUGCUUACGGACCUGUGGAGUAAAGGUCGAGGUCCGAUUACCAUGAAAUUGCUGGAAGGCGGAUUUUCUAGUAAGUUAGAAGCUGCCACGUGCUUUUCGACGAUUUUGGCUCUCAUCGCAAAGCGGAAACUUAGAGUCAGCAAACACGAAUCGAACGAAAUUGCCGACAUCCUGCCUUAUUCUUAAAUUAUUCAUGUUCAUUGGAUAUGGACUGUCAUCCGCCAGAAUUGCUAAAUUAUUUCG